UGGCGCAGGCAGAAGUAAUAAUAUCCCACUUCUGACACCAAAAACUUGGACAAGGUAGUCGUCCAUGCUGCCACCAGUUGUGUGAGGGAAGGAAGGUAGGCUGGGAGGACAGAUACUAUCUCAACUGUGGAGUGAGGAUUUCCCUAACUAGCUCCAGCAUACCAUUGUACUUGGAUAAGUUUCAUGUCUGGAUAACAUCACAAGUGGUCUGCUGUAGUUUUAUGCACAAUUGCACGAGCAGGAAGGAAAAAACUAUCAAUCUACACACAGCCCUACACAGGAUUGAGGAGUAAUAUUUACAGCUUGCAGCUUCUGUGUUUAUAUACUGUCUGGAAGAACCUGCUCAUGAUGUACUGUGUCAAUUGAACAUUUCUGGUUGGCGGAAUUGUCCCCGGGGCACACUGACGUGCAGGAAGACAGAAUCACACAAGUGGGAUAUGUCCUAUCGUAAACUGGGUGAAACAUAAGGAUUGCAUGUAUUGUAUGGAAUAUCCCAACUUCCUCCGGUAGAAGCCAAGUUGUUCACAGACAAUAUCUCCGGUCAUGACCAUUGCCGGUGUUACUCAUCGCACUGUUCUGCCCCCGAGUCGUGUAUCUACCAUGCUGAUGAGUAGUGCUUGAUAACACGGUUCCUUCAUCCUACACAGUACUACACCUACACCACAGCAAUGGCUGCCUUCCCGCCGUCUGCUCAUGCUCCUGGCAUAAGACUUGUUUCGGAUAACCCCUUUCUUUCGGGAUUCACCCCAGAGAGGAUGUACUGCAGUCCUGUCAACAUGCCUGCUGACAAAAAUUUGGGUUCCUGGCACAGGAUUGCAAGAUGGAGUCGCUUGUGGAGAUUUAUACAUGAAGGGGAAUGCGACACAUGCACAGAGAUAGUGCUCGACCCUGACCUUGAUCCAAGCUCUGACCUUGACCCACGGGUCAAAAAGUUCCUAAUGGACAGGUCAAUACUCAAAGUUCAUCUUCCUAAUGGGGGAUUUAACAUGGUGAAAUAUGGCGACGCCACCGAUAUCAAGGAUAUCAUUCGAUUGGUGGUCGGUCGCCUUGCGGCAGGAGAACGUUAUUUCGCCAAAUGCUUCGCGGUGAAGCUGGUUCACACCCAGAGCCGGGAGAACUACUGGCUUCACAACGACCUGACAAUGUACCAGGUGCGGCAGAAGUAUGAGUCCAGACACUUACCAGAAGAGUGGAGAUAUGAACUCCGAGUGCGGUACUUACCCAAAAAUAUCCCUGAGCUGUAUUCCAAAGACAAAGUGACAUUCUACUACCUCUAUGAUCAGGUUCGGAAUGACUACAUGCGUGAUAUAGCCGAACAAAUUGCACAUGAAGUUGCCAUCAGGCUUGGCUGUAUAGAAAUGAGGCGGUUUUUCAAAGACAUGCCUCAAGUAGCUUUAGAUAAAAAGUCUAACUUUGAAUACUUAGAGAAAGAAGUUGGGCUUAAAAGAUUCUUACCUCGAACUGUGAUGGAUUCAAUGAAACCGAAGGCCUUGCGCAAACUUAUACAGCAUCACUUCCGCCAGUAUGCGCAGCUCACGGAAUCGGAGUGUGUAUAUAAGUUCUUCGAUACUCUCAUCACCGUCAUUAAGUUCAAUCAGGAAAGAUUCAAGUGCGCCUUAGGGUCUGGGUGGAGUAUCUAUGUUGAUAUUGUCAUUGGCCCUGAUGUCGGAAUCAGUUAUCUCACAGAAAAAGCCUCCUCCCCUACCCACAUGGCUGACUUUGCCCAGGUCCAGUCCAUACAGACAGUGGGCAGUGAAGAUGGCAAAGGUAUUCUGCAACUGAAGAUAGCUGGUGCUAAUGAGCCUCUCAUGAUCACGUGUGCGAUGUUGCAAGAUGCUGAAGAUGUAGCAGACCUGAUUGAUGGCUACUGUCGCCUUGUACAUGACAUGAACGACUCACUAUGGACCAGGAAAGCUACUGAAGAUCUACCUUCAUUUACUAAAAUAGCCUACCUCAGUUGGAACUCGUACGAUUCAGAUGACGAAGGGGAGGCAACAUGUAGUGAAGGCGAGACCAUUCCCAGGACACCGCGAUCAAGUUUCCAGCGGCCAGGCAUAACCGGAAGACAUGAAGAACCAGUUAGUCCCAACGAACGGAUAUCGGACUAUGCUGAGAUUGUGGAGGAAGACGGCGACUAUAGCACGCCUGAUGGUGCUCACAACUCGAGAGGUAGCAAGCGAAAGAAAACACGUGACUACGAGAUUAUCCGGGAUGCCAUCAAGCUAGUGGAGAUCCUGGGAGAAGGACAGUUUGGAGAUGUGUACAAGGGAAACUAUAUCGACAGGGAAGGAAGCCAGGUGCCGGUGGCUGUCAAGACAUGCAAGGAAGACAACGAGGAAGCCAUGACAGAGAAGUUCCUUGAGGAAGCCUACAUCAUGCAGCAGUUCGACCACCCCCACAUCGUGAAGUUGAUAGGCAUCUGUUCCGAGUCCCGACCUGUGUGGAUCGUGAUGGAGCUGGCGAGGCAUGGAGAGAUGCGAGCCUACCUCCAGAACAACAAGCCCCGUCUGGACCUGGUGAGCCUCAUCAUGUAUGCCUACCAGCUCUCAACAGCACUCUCCUAUCUGGAGAGCAAGAAAUUUGUACACAGAGACAUAGCGGCACGGAAUGUGUUGGUGUCUGGGCAUGACUGUGUCAAGCUGGGAGAUUUUGGUCUUUCAAGAUGGGUAGAGGAACAAAGUUAUUAUAAAGCUUCCAAAGGUAAACUUCCAAUCAAGUGGAUGGCUCCUGAAUCCAUAAACUUCCGCAGGUUUACAACAGCCAGUGAUGUGUGGAUGUUUGGUGUGUGUAUCUGGGAGAUUCUUAUGUAUGGUGUAAAGCCCUUCCAGGGCGUGAAGAACAACGAUGUGAUCGGGAAGAUUGAGGCGGGAGAACGGCUGCCCCUCCCGGCUGGAUGUCCUCCCUCACUCUACAACCUCAUGUGUGUCUGCUGGCAGUACGAACCUUCCAAACGACCGUCCUUCGCCGACCUCAAGACAUGGUUAUAUGAGAUCCUUGAGGAGGAGAGGAACAGACAGGAACAGGAGAUGCACAGGGAUAACAGGAGGGUCCAGGCAAUAUCAUGGGUUUCCAAUGGUUCAGACGACGAGCCCCCACCACCAAAGCCUGCCCGGCCACUCUACCCAGGGUCCACUUCCAACCUCAGCUUCAAUUCCAGUGUGUCGUCCCUCCCUCAUCAGUGGAACUCCACCUCCAACCUCCCCAAGGGCCACAGCACCCCAGCAGGGCCAUCACCCGACAUGGCAGCCAUCAAAUCAUUGGGAAGGCCGGACCCUGGCCCACCCCAUGUGAACACCUUGCAUGGAUAUUUCCCAUCUUCCACAGGGUACAUGCAGGUGUCUGCUCCUGGUACUACCAACUUCACCACAGGUUUCACCCCCAAGGCACAAAUGGAUCCUUCAUACCCACCCUACCCCAGUCACAACCACAAUCAACACUCCCAGGACCUCAUCUCUUCAGGGCACUACCAGGCCCCUUCCCCCCGAGACUCCUUGGUCCUGGGGAGGAUCUCCCCACCCCCCACACCCAGAACACAAGAGCUGGAUGAGGAGGAGAUAGCGUAUCGCCUGCGUCAACAACAGCGGGAGUCGGAGGAAGACGCCAGGUGGCUGAGGUCGGAGGAAAAGAACUUGCGGAGAGAGAAGUGGGCAGUCCAUAAAGUACGCCAUGACGAGGACAGCGACAGCACAAAGGAGAACUCUCCGCCUCUUCCACCACCACUUAGUAAGACGGCGCCAAGACUGGCCAGCCAGGCUUCCAGUGGGAGCAGAAGCAGUAGCACCAGUGACUCCACAGACCUGGGAGGUCCAGUUGGGCAGAAGAUGGCAUCCAACCUUGACCGUACGAAUGAUUCCGUGUACCAGAGCACCACCAACGUGGUGCGGUCAGUGAUGGCCAUGACCAAGGCGGCGCCACAGGUCAAGUCGGAGGAUUAUGUAGAUUUAGUAAAGACCGUUGGCCUGCAGCUCCGGAGUCUCCUUGCUAGCGUAGAUGAAACACUUCCCCAUCUUCCCCAAGAUAACCACAGAGAGAUUUCUAUGGCGCAGAAAGUGCUUAGUACAGAUAUGGCAUCCCUGAUCAGUGCAAUGAAGCUAGCCCAGGAAUAUAGUGCUACUACCUUGGACUCGGACUAUCGAAAGGGCAUGCUUAAAGCUGCCCAUUGUCUAGCCAUGGACUCAAAAAAUCUUCUAGAUGUUGUUGAUACAGCAAAAAAUGAAAGGCAGGAUGGAAGGCAUUAGCUGAUUCUCUAGGAGACAGUAGUGAUCGGAUUAAGCUCCCUUUGAAACCAAAAUGGCAGCAAACUGUCCGUCUGUUGCUAUGGAGAUGAAGCCCAUAUUGUCAUAGCAACACAUGGGCAGUUUGAGUUGAGUUUUCUUCUGGAUGAUGCAUGUUUUCAAAGAGAAAGGAAUAGCUGUCAAUACAUUACUCCUCUCAGACAGAAUAUUCACCAUGCUUCACGUCAAGACCUGUGUUCUGUCACUGAAAACUGAUGGACAUAUUCUGUGCCCAGUCCAAGUUAUUGAACUGGUCGUCAUAUUUCCGAGAAAAAAACAGCUUCAUCUCUUGAAAAAUCUUUCAGAAUUGUUAAGAAUUAUACAUGUUUAUCCCCUUAAAACAUACAAGCUGUUUGAAGGCAUUGAAAAAAUGCGUUGAACGCCUGAGGACUGUUUGGUUGUUAUAACAUGUAACUAUAUAGUACAGUAAUAUGUGUUUAACUUACGUAGCUGCAGUUCUGUCAGUUUAUCGCUGCUGUUGGUGAUGUUUCCAAAGCGUUUGUUGAAGUUUGAUGUUUAAAAACAGUUGACUGUUACAAACUGAUGCCGAAAUAUAUCGUUCAGAGAAAGGCGGAAUGUUUUGUUCUGAAGUAGGUAAAACCAGAAAUGUUUUGGGUGUUAAGGAAUAGGCUCAGUUUAGAGAAGUAGUUUGUGUUUUGUUGAUUCCAGUCUUGUGACAGGUAGAGUUAGGAAUUGCUUCAGGGUCACAGUUUGACAGAUCAUGUUAUAAAAGAUCUCUUUUGAAAUUUUUGUGAAUGUAUUCCGAAAUAUUUUCCAUCAUCAUGUUUAUCACUGAGUCCAUACUUCAUUUCCAAGGACAAUUAUGAAAUCAUUUUUACCAGGAAUAGAUUUUGUACUUAAAUAUUUACAUGUCCAAAAGAGUGAUCUCAUUGUUUAGGUUUCAUCAGUGAUCAGUAAUCACACAAGUUAUCAAGGAAGAGGUGGAAAUGAAGGUCUUGCGUGUAUAAUGUCUAAGUGCUAAUAACAUUUUACUUAAAAAAAUAAUAUGUUGUUUUUGUUUCACAGAAAACAGGUUAUACAAAAAAAUGUAAAGAAUAUGGUACUUAUCUUCUCUUCAUUAUUUUUGUUUGUCAUUAAAAUCAGUUUCUACAGUGCCAUUAAUGCUGAUGCUUGUAUAAACAUAUUACUGCUGUAAAACAGUUUCUGAGACAUCGUUUUCCAAUCGUCUCAAAUGGAGCAAUUCACUUGCUGUGCAGAACUGCUUCCUUUAGGCCUGCUAUGAACCUAUAAUUGGGUUCAAAUCCCUAUUUGCCUCUGCAUUACUCUGGAUGGUCCCACAUUAAGCUCAUAUUCCAUGCUAUAACUGGAAUACUAUCAAAAACCACAUUGCAGCCAACUCAUUGUCAUUAAAGCUACAAGUCAGCAAAGUGGACGGAAACUAACAUAUUGUUUUGAAGUUUCUAUGAACAUGUAUAUCUAAUGUUUGGUACAAAUGUUUUGUUGAAUUCUUACUUUUGAACUUCUUUCAAAGUUGGUUUAACAUUUGAAUACAUAUGAGUACAUAUACAUGCUGACUAGGGAGAAAACAAGUAGGAAGAUAGUAUGUGUCUGUUGCGUAGGCUUACAAAUAGUUUUGGAACAUGGUUUAUUCAUUUCCGUACAAGAAUACUUGUUGCCAAUAGCUGACAUCAUGAUAGACAAACUGUAUUUGACACCCCUCUUUGACCAAAAUGAGUGUAAUCAAGUCAUUGUAUUGGACUAUGCUACUGUAAGAUGAGGGGAUGAGGGUGAGGAUUUAAGUCAAACUUUAAUUACUUCAGAUUUUCAUUCAGCCUAUUUUUUAUCUUGCUGGAAUAGCGUGUUCUAAAACUCAUAAGAAAACAUCUUAAAAAUAGAAAUGAGGUUCAAAAUAUAGAAAUGGUCAUAUCUGGGAAGGAGUUAGAAGUAGUGUUUGAAUCAAAACAAUAUUUAAUCAAUGUUUUCCGAGAUUUUUAUCAUGGGUCAGAAUCGUGAUGCACAGAUUCUGCAGUUCUCAGGAAGAGGUGUCAAAAACAUAUCUGAAUUUUCAGUUUCCAGCUAGAAAAUGCCGAAGCAUCUAUGCAGAUAGUCUGGAAAAGAUGCUUCUGUAUGGAUGAGUAUUCAAACUAACUGACAUAAUGUAAAAUCCAACACCUUGUAGCUUGAACGUUAUGGUCAAAUGUCGUGUGCUGCUCAUCUAGCCAACAAUAUCUUGAUUCAAUACUCGAUAAUGAGGUCCCACUUGUCAACAAGAGACAAUAUAUAUGGUACUGCCUUGUUCAUUUACCCCCAACAGAUAAACAUCUGUGGCUUAAAUAUACCACUCAACUUUUGAUAAGGAAUUGCAGGUGCAUUGGUGAGUGAUUGUGACUGUGUGCUCAGAUAUGACCUACACCUAGUAUUCAAUAUCACCAUGUUGUACAGAAGCAUGUUCAGCUUUGUUUCAAGUUGAUCAAACAAAAAUACACAGUUCAGUAAGUCGUUAAGCUGUUACUUCGCACUAUGAAAUAUCUCCAUAUUCCUGUCACAGACUGAGAUUUAUGUGUGAGCCAUGUUUGACUAUGUUCAAGCCAUUAUGCUGUACGACAAGUUAUGUUUCCAAGACAUGGUCGUGUUGUCCACCAUAACAGAUUAUAUUUGUGAGCUCCAGUUGUUAAGUUGAAAUGAAAGACUUUUGACUAUGACUUCAGCAAUAACCAAACCCUAGCCUGCGUCUACUAAUGUAAAGUAUUGUAUAUGUACAUCUCUUUAUUUUAAUGUAUUACAUAUUGUUAAUAUAUUGUAUGUUUUGUAUAUUUUGUUUAAGUUCUAUAAUUAUUUUAAGAAGUUGAAUAGCUUACAUACCCCCCUGUCUAUAUACUGUUUCUUCCAAUAAAGGAACAUUCUGUGACAUAUUUGAGGACACUACAGUCAUAAUUCAGCUUAAACAAUGGAAGCAGUUUAGUAUUUGUGUCAGUGGAAGAUUUCAAAAGGACGUACCUGUUACCUGUUCUGCUGUUUUGAUGUUGACAAACACGUACAGGAUCUUGUAACAUAUUAGUACAACAAGGAAUAAAAAAAUUCUACUUUACCCAAAGUCAAGUGGAUACUUUAAUGAGAACAACUUCUUUAAUGUCUAAUUACAGCAACUUUUCAGCCCAAAUCCCUAUACCAUUGUCAAGCAAAUAUAGAUUUGUGGAUGAAAGCUUUGUAUGUCUUGCUUGAUAGCAGUAUUAGGAUGUAUGCAGAAAUGGUGCUGUAAUAGUAUAUUAAAGAUGUUUUUGUCAUUCUUGCGCUUCUACGAAAGCCUAUUAAGGAAUUUACCCAAAGUAUUGUUUGUAUUAGUAAAGACAGUAGUUAUAUACCUGUGGUUUCAGGUAAAUCAGAUGAUGAAAUUUGUUUCCUUGAAACUGUAACUAAGUACUUGCAUGUAUAUGUACUGGAAACCAGAAUGAAAACAGACUCCUCAUGGAUAGAAGUGAUGAAGGUUAAGAUGACAAAUGGAAGACGUUUUAGGGAUGGUCCCAACCAACAAAUACACACCCUGAUUGCCAGAUUACUUACAUCAGACUUCACGAUGCCAUGUCAAAUAUUCCACCAGUAGAGCCCUGGACGUAGAAGGAUGGGUGCAACUUUGGCUUAUUUGGCUUUUCAUUAUCAAAAAUCAAUAAUUCGAAUAUCAGAUUUUUGAAAAGAGAAUUUCAUAAUAAUCAUCGAGGGGCAGUAGGGUAGCCUAGUGGUUUAAGCGUUUGCCUGUUAUGCCAAAGACCCGGGUUUGAUUCCCACAUGGGUACAAUGUGUGAAGCCCAUUUUUGGUGUCCCUCGCCAUGAUAUUGCUGGAAUAUUGCUAAAAGCGGCAUAAAACUAGACUCACUAUCUCCCCAUAAUAAUCUUAGUAAACUUUUGAGAUCUUACCACAUUUCUAACUGCUGAUAUUUUGUGAGCAAUUUGUCGAGGUUGAAACUGUGGACUUGCAUGAUGAUUAUAGGUAAGGUUUUGGAUGGUGUGUACGGAUGAUCAUAUUUAGACGUAGAGGAUUUGAGUAACGCAGACAAUGAAUGCUAUGAUGGUUGUGAACAGAGUCGAUACCACGGAAGAAUGCUCAGUUCCAUAUUUUUUAAAAGGACAUAUUUUGCUAAAGAGUGCUUUAACGGAUUGAGAAAUUACCACAUACAGUUUCAACUGGGUAAUCAAGAUAUAUCUUAGCUUUUCAAUGUCAUGCUUAUUGAUAUUUGUUAUCGAAGUUCUGAUAUGUCUUGAAAUUUUAAAUUUUCUACACUAUUUAUACAAACAAUGUUAAUACUGUCAGUUCAUUGUCAUGUACAUUAUAAGUCUGUGUGCAAGAUGAUGUUGAUUUCUCUGAUAAUAUGGCAUUUGAAAAGUAUAGCUUGAGUCUGUUGCUAGGAUGGUGCUGAUAUAUGUACUCUAAUGCAUUUAUCUUAUAGGGUUUACUAUGCUGAUAUGCCUAAUGGCCAAUCAUGGGGACCAUCUCAAGAUAAAACUUUCAUAAAAAUGAAAUAAUAAAUUAAAUAUGUCAAAAAUAUUUCUUGUUUGAAGUUGUCUUUUUUUCUUAACAUAUCAAAAUACUUUUAAGAACAAUAUGUCAAGUUUUGAUUUGAAAUGUUUUGAGGUGGUCCCUCUUUCUCCUAUUCUUCAUUGAUCCUUUCUCAGCCAACUCUUUCCUAAUGUACAACUCUGUCCUUCUUGACAUUGUACAUACUCAUUAUAGAUAUUUUCAUAUUGUUUUCAUCCCAGCUUUCAACUUGUCAUGUAUUGUAAAUAAGCCAAAGCCAAUAAAAUAUUACAAGAUGG